GGUUACAUUAGUGACAGCUAUAGAUAGAGUGUAACGGUGAGCAGAGCAAGCUUUUAGCUGGGAAGCACAGACAUCGAGAUGGCCACUGCUGGGAAAGUUAUUAACUGUAAGGCAGCUAUAGCCUGGGGGCCCAAGCAACCCCUCACCAUCGAGGACAUUGAAGUUGCUCCACCAAAGGCUCAUGAAGUUCGUGUAAAGAUUGUGGCAACCGGCAUUUGUCGCUCAGAUGACCAUGUUCUAAGUGGAGCAAUAAGUGACAUGAAGUUCCCAGCAAUUCUGGGGCAUGAAGGUGCUGGUAUAGUGGAAAGUGUAGGAGAAGGAGUCAAAAAUUUAAAACCAGGAGACAAAGUUAUCCCACUUUUUGUUCCCCAAUGUGGAGAAUGCAGAUGCUGCACUAAUUCGAGGAGCAACCUAUGUGACAAACAUGAUAUUGGACCAUACAUUGGACUCUUGUUGGACAGAACCAGUAGAUUUACAUGCAAGGGGAAGCCAGUUUACAAUUUCCUAAGCACCAGCACCUUUACUGAAUACACUGUAUUGGAUGAAAUAUGUGUGGCUAAGAUUGAUGACAAUGCUCCUCUCGAAAAAGUGUGUUUGAUUGGUUGUGGAUUUUCCACUGGUUAUGGCUCUGCUGUGAACACUGCUAAGGUUGAACCAGGAUCCUCAUGUGCUGUGUUUGGCCUGGGUGGUGUCGGUCUGUCUGUGCUUAUUGGAUGUAAAGUAGCAGGUGCUGCUAAAAUCAUUGGAGUUGAUACAAACCCUGAUAAGUUUGCCAAAGCAAAGGAAUUAGGAGCCACUGACUGCAUCAACCCAAAUGAUUACAAGGAACCUAUCCAUGAAGUACUGGCAAAGAUGUCUGAUGGGGGACUAGACUAUACAUUUGAGUGCAUCGGAAACACCAAAGUCAUGGAAUCAGCUCUUCUGGCUACCCAUUUUGGUUGUGGGACAUCAGUCAUUGUUGGUUUAGCUCCUGCAUCCGCCAGGGUAUCAGUGGAUCCAAUGGAGAUGCUUACAGGACGAACAUUAAAAGGAGCUUUGUUUGGAGGCUGGAAGAGCAGAGACGAUGUACCAAAACUGGUCGCUGAUUUCAUGGCAAAGAAGUUUAACCUUGAUGGGCUGAUAACUCACAGGUCAACCCUGGAUAAAAUCAAUGAAGGGUUUGAUCUCCUGCGCAAAGGUGACAGCAUUCGCACCAUCCUGCAGAUCUCACAGUGAGUUUGCAGCAUUUCACCAUCCGAUCGUGGUCAUCAAAUCUUCAGUGGAAUCACCAUGCGAAUCAUGAGCUAAAAUAUAUAGCAAUAUUUAGCAAUGCAUUGUAUGGCUUCAUACAUCAACUGUAAGAUUUAAAGACAAUAAAUAUAUCUGCUUUAA